AUGAGCCACACUAUGGAGCACCGGUCGGGUUCUCCACAUAGGGGAAGUCAAGCUGAAUAUUCUCAAUAUCAAUCCAAACUCACCGGAUCUCUCUCGACGCCCAGGAGGGUUGUCUUUGAGUCAACUGAGGACAGCGAAUAUGCGAAGACGACGAAGAGGGAGUUUGUGUCAGUUUCAAAAUCAUCGGACAGCUUUCUAGAUUUGUCAAAUACAUUAACCGGGGUGUUGACAAAAAUUAAUGAAAAAGAACUGCUCCAUGGACUGAAUGAUCGUUUUGCCGGGUUUAUAGAGAAGGUGCGUCAGUUGGAGCAUCUAAAUGAAUCGCUUGAGAAGGAAAUUGAGGAAAUAAAACGGAAGGCACAGACUCCUACGUCUCUAGCCCAGAUGUUUGAGCCAGAGCUUAGAGGUCUCAGGAAACAAGUUCAUGACAUCACACUUGAGACACGUCAGAUUGAGAUAGAACAUCAGAGCCUGGAGGAAGACUUCUUGACCUUGAGAGACAAAUACGAACAGGAGGCUCGGGACCGAUCGAAUGCAGAGAACAGCAUCCUGGUGCUGAAAAAGGAUGCCAAUGAAGCAUACCAGGGCAAACUUCAACUGGACAAGAAAGCGCAGGCUCUGGUGGAAGAGAUCCACUUUCUGAAGAAGAACCAUGAAGACGAGGUGUCGGAGAUGGUGGUUCAAAUCCAAGAGGCUCAGGUGACAGUUGAGGCGUGCGGUUUUGGCAAACCUGACAUCACUGCGGCUCUCCGGGACAUCAGGAUGCAGCUGGAAGGUCACGCCGCCUUGGACAUCCAGCAGGCCGAGGAGGGCUUCCGCGUCCAGUUUACAAAGUUGACCAAAGAGGCAGAAAGCAACAGAGAGGCGCUGAAGAAGACCCAACAGGAGAUCCAGGAGAUCAGAAGGCAACUCCAAGGGAAGAACAUUGAAUUGGACUGCGCGAAAGGAACAAAAGAUGCCCUGGAAAAACAAAUACAUGAGCUGGAAGAGCGUCACUAUGAAGAAAUUAUUCAUUAUCAGGACACUGUCAGGGAGCUAGAGAAUGAGCUGACCAAUACUAAGCUAGACAUGUCUGGCUAUCUCAGAGAAUACCAGGACCUUCUGAAUGUCAAAAUAGCUUUGGAUGUGGAGAUUCUCUCUUAUAGGAAACUCCUGGACGGUGAGGAAUCCCGUCUGUCCACCAUGCCCUAUGUCUACCGAAAGUCACCUGUCUACACUCUGCCUCAUCUGGCCAGGCAUGGAGGCCCCACACGCAGGACUGAACCCCAAAAGUUUGUAGAGGAGAUCAUCACUGAGACCACCACCGAGGUGGAAAUGUCAGAGUUUGAGGAGACAGUUUCUAAGGAGAUGGCCAGAGUAGAUGGACAGAGAGAAGAGCAAGAAGAGGUGAAGCCAGAGAAAAGUGAUAAAGCUGAAAGGAGGGUGGAAGAGGAGGAUGAAGAGAAAGAGGAAUAUGGAGGUAAAAAGGCUAUUAAACAGGGAAAAGAGGUAAAUGGAGUUAUUCCUAGUGAAGGAGAACAUGGAGAGGAUGAAGAUGACAGAAAGGAGGAAAAAGAGGAUGAGCCAUAUACAAUUAAAGUAAAAGUCAGCUCAUCUGAGGUCACCAAUCAGGGAGAGAAGGACAUACCGGAUAUAGCCAAAGAACUUGACAAUGAGAUAAAGGAGGAGGGGAAGACGAUGAAAAUACAUGACAGCCCAAGACAUGAGAAGUCCCAACAAGAUGUUACCAUAGAGCUUGACAUCUCCCCAGAACCCAAAACCUCAAAGUCUGCAAAGAGGACAUCCCCAAAGAGCCCACAAAGGUGUCAGAGGAAGACAGAAAAGAAAACCAAUUAA